AUGUCGUCGUCGUCGUCGUCGUCGUCUUCUUCUUCCGAAGAAAAACGGCCGUUCGACGUUUUCAUUAACUUCAGAGGCGAGGACGUCCGCUACGGCUUUGUCGCUGACCUCCACAAGUGUCUACUUCAUCGCCGCAUCAACGCCUAUAUCGACAGCGAGGACCUGAGGCGCGGGGACGAGAUCAAGCCCGCGCUCACGAAGGCCAUCAUGGAGUCACGGAUCGCCGUGCUCGUCUUCUCCGAGAACUACGCUUCGUCUACGUGGUGCUUGGACGAGCUGGUGAAGGUAAUGGAGUGUAGGAGGAACGAGGAACAGCGGGUGCUGCCGGUGUUCUACAAAGUGGAUCCCGGGGUGAUUCGAAAGCAGAGAGAGAGUUAUGGCAAGGCAUUGGCCAGCCACGGGAAGAAAUUGGGAAAGAAUUCUGAGAGGGUGAAGAAAUGGAGGCAAGCCCUAACUGAAGCCGGCAAUUUGUCCGGUUGGCAUUAUGACCAUGGAGAUGAUACCAAGUUCAUUGAGAGCAUCGUCAAAGAGAUCUCGACUAUAAUAGGGCGAGUACCCUUGAAUGUUGCCAACUAUCCUGUCGGUGUAGGUUGCCGGGAAGAAAAAGUAAUGUCGUUGUUGGGUAUGGGCUUGGAUGAUAUUCGGAUGAUAGGAAUAAGGGGGACUGGAGGUGUAGGGAAGACCACUAUCGCUAAAGCUGUUUAUAACAGAAUUGCUAAACAGUUUGAUGGGUGCAGCUUUCUUCGGAAUGUUAGAGAAACUUCCAGGAGACCUGACGGUCUAGUUCAUUUGCAGAAUACACUGUUAUCCGAUAUAUUAUGGAAAGAAAAGUUCGUGGUCUCAAGUGUGGAUGAAGGUGCUAAUCUAAUACCAGAGAUACUUUGCUAUAGGAAGAUUCUACUUGUGCUUGAUGAUGUGGAUCAUGGGGACCAGUUAGAUGCAUUAGCUAGAAAAUUUGGAUGGUUUGGAAAAGGGAGCAGGAUCAUCAUUACGACAAGAGAUGAACAUAUACUAACUUCUUGUGGGGAAGAUCGGGUAUAUGAAGUUGAUCUAUUAAAUCAAGGUGAAGCUUUUGAACUUCUCACUUCACACGCUUUUCAAGGAAACAACACGAAAGACAUAAGCAGGGAUCUCAUAGAUAAAAUUUUGGGCUAUGCUGGAGGCCUUCCCUUAGCGAUUGUGGUCUUGGGUGAUUUUUUACGUGGUAGAAGCGGAGGGGAAUGGGAGAGUACAUUGGAAAAACUUGCUGAAAGUCCUAAUGAAGGUAUAUGCAAAGUGCUCAUGAUAAGUUUUGAUGCGUUGGAGGACAAUGAGAGGAACAUUUUUCUCGACAUUGCUUGCUUCUUUAAGGGAGAUGAUAGGGAUUAUGUAACUAGAGUUCUUGAUGGCUGUGGCUUACACACAUUAAUUGGGAUUAAGAUUCUAAUAGAGAGAUCCUUAGUAACAAUUGAGCAAGGGACAAGAGUACAAAUGCAUGACUUGAUUCAGCAGAUGGGUCAGGAUAUCGUUAAACGUGAGUGUCCAGAUAACCCUGGGAGGCGAAGUAGAUUAUGGUGCUACGAUGAUGUUUUUGAAGUACUGUCGAAGGCUACGGGAACCGAAGCUGUUAAAGGCAUAGUGCUGCGGUUGCUGACACAAAAAGAGCUGCACAUCAAUCCUAGUGCUUUCUCGCACAUGAGCAGACUGAAAUUACUCAUACUUUGGAACGCACGAAUCAGCGGGGUUCCCAUAUGUCUUCCUAAUGAUUUAAGGUGGCUUGUAUUGCAUGGAUGUCAUUUAUCCACUCUGAAGUUUAGUGCUGGUCCAAAGAAACUUGUUUGCUUUGAUGUGGAUUACGGCUGGAUUGAGGGAUUUGGAGGGAACUUAAAGGACUUUGAAAAAUUGAAGUUCAUUAACUUGACAAGAUGCCAGUCAUUGGUUCGUAUGCCAGAACUAAAUUAUACUCCAAAUCUCGAGGAAUUGUACAUUACUGAUUGCAAAAACUUGGAGCUUGUCCACGGAUCAUUUGCAUAUCACCGCAAGUUACGGGAAUUGAUAUUAAGAGGGUGCUCUAAAGUGCAAAGUUUCCCUAAUAUCCCAGUUAAAAAUGAAGCCUUGCAAAUCCUUUCUUUAGAGGAGACUGGAAUUAAGGAAAUUCCUGCAUCCAUAAAAAAUCUUGUCUCUUUAACGGCUAUGUAUUUAGAUGACAACAAGGAACUGGCAAUCCUUCCUUCUAGCAUUUACAAGUUGCAAAAUCUUGAACGCUUGAGACUUGAAGGGUGCUCAAAACUAAUCAAGUUUCCAAAGGAGGAGGAGGACUUGAGUGAAACCCAUGCAAAGACAGGAUUUCCCAUGUUAUUGCGGUUGGACCUUGGACAGUGCCAUUUAUCAGAAAAAUUUCAUUGCCAAACAAAUCACCGAGUUGUUCUACCUGGGGGAGAGAUGCCAAAGUGGUUGCUCCCAAAUGAAGAGGGUUAUAUAUCUUUUGUGGCUUCAAAGGAUUUGUAUAAAAAGAUCCUAGGAGUAGCUUUCUGUGUUGUAUUUCGAGUAGUAGAUCAAGAAGGCGGUUUGAGAUUUGAGAUUAUGGGAAAUGUUGAUUGCAAAGCCACAGUACACCGGAGUCAGGUGAGGUCAUUCAAUUCGUAUCAUGUGUGGCUUCAGUACAUGGAAUCAGAGGAGUGUGGAUUCCGACUUAUAUGCAAGUCACUAGAGAAUGAUACGGAGAUUUUGCUCGAAGAUGAUCAGUUGCUGGAUCCAGCUUUACUUUACGAGGUUUCGCUUGAAGAUAACCCAACGAGCAUAGAGAAAGAAAGUUCAAGUGGUACAGUAAUUUUACCAAAAAGUGACAUGUUCAUAAUGAAAAAAGAAGUGAACGUGGUUGACUUCUCAAUUGAGAAGCAUCGCUAUUCUAGUAAGUGGUCUAAGUACAAGAUCAUUCGCCCCGGAAGAGAGAUGCCAGAGGAGUUUGUCCUUGUUGAAGACACCCUAGGGGAGGGUGGUGAGGUGGUGAGCCGAGGUCUUGACCAAUCGGAAGGGUCGGUAAUCCGCGACCCUCCCCCCUCCGUCCGCCGCCCCUUCCCUGAUGACGGUGAGGAGGUGGCGAGGCCCGCGAGCCCUUGUUGGAUUUGGGUGAGGGCGUGA